GGGAGAGAGAGAAUCCCAAAAAUGACAUCCAGAUUGCAGGGGAGCAGAGCAGAGAGGGAGAGAGAGACUGAGUGAGAAAGAGACUGGGAGAGAGAAAGAAAGAACUCAACAACCCGUUCAGUUUCAGGGAGAAAACAGAGAAUAUCAGCCAGCCCAUGUUUUAUUUUACAGCUUCAUACUUGGCAUCUUGUGGAAAAUUCCGACUUUAGAAAUGUCGUUGGACACAAAGAAAACCUGAGAAGAAUACGCCAAUGUGUUUUUGAAAACAAAAGCGUUAGCAUAAACGUUUCCUGUUUCUUGACAUCGUAGUAGAACGGAGAACCCCUUGGUUUGAACCCUGCGCUCCUCUCCAGUUUUGUGAAGACCACUGUCUGCUGCAGUCCAACCGUCAAGAUGUGUGACCUGAUGCCAGUUUCGAAACCUGCUGAAAAAAUCGGCAAAAUGAAAAAGUUGCGAAGAACUUUGUCAGAGAGCUUCAGUCGCAUAGCUUUCAAGAAAGAGGACAGUGGCUUUGAUGAGAUAUGUGUCACAAAGAUGUCCACACGCAGCGGACAGGGAAAGGACUCGGUCAUCACGCCCCUGGACACCAUCCCUGAGGACAGGAAGGUAAGGGUUCAGCGGACACAGAGCGGUUUCGACGCCUUCGAGAAACCCGCCAGCCAGGUGAAGAGGGUGCACUCAGAGAACAAUGCCUGUAUCUCCUCCAAGGCCUCAUCUACUGGGAAAGAGUCGCCCAAACUGCGCCGACACUCCAGCCCCAGUUCUCCCACAAGCCCCAAGUUCGGAAAGGCUGAUUCCUAUGAGAAGCUUGAGAAGCUGGGAGAAGGCUCGUACGCUACAGUAUACAAAGGGAAAAGCAAGGUGAACGGCAAGCUGGUAGCCCUGAAAGUGAUUCGUCUGCAGGAGGAGGAGGGGACACCGUUCACCGCCAUCAGAGAAGCGUCUCUUCUGAAAGGUCUGAAGCACUCCAACAUCGUGCUGCUCCAUGACAUCAUCCACACCAAGGAAACCCUGACUCUGGUCUUUGAGUAUGUGCACACAGACCUGUGCCAGUACAUGGACAGGCACCCAGGAGGACUGCAUCCAGACAACCUGAAGUUGUUCCUGUACCAGUUGCUGAGAGGUCUGUCCUACAUCCACCAGAGGUAUAUCCUGCACCGUGACCUCAAGCCUCAGAACCUGCUCAUCUCUGACACUGGAGAACUCAAACUGGCCGACUUCGGUCUGGCACGGGCUAAGUCAGUCCCCAGCCACACCUACUCCAAUGAGGUGGUGACCCUGUGGUACCGCCCCCCUGAUGUCCUCCUGGGAUCCACAGACUACUCCACCUGCCUGGACAUGUGGGGUGUAGGAUGCAUCUUCAUCGAGAUGAUCCAAGGAGUGGCAGCUUUCCCUGGGAUGAAGGACAUCCAGGAUCAGCUGGAGAGGAUAUUUCUUGUCCUAGGCACCCCCUGUGAGGAUACCUGGCCAGGGGUUCACUCCCUGCCCCACUUCAAACCAGACAGCUUUACUGUCUACAGCUCCAAGAAGCUCAGACAAGCAUGGAAUAAGUUGGGCUAUGUGGACCAUGCUGAGGAGUUAGCCUCUAGGUUCCUCCAGUGCUUCCCAAAGAACCGUCUGUCUGCUCAGGCAGCUCUCCAGCAUGAGUACUUCAGCCAGCUUCCUCCACGGCUCUGGGAGAUCUCAGACAUGGCUACUAUCUUCACGGUACCAAAUGUCAAGCUGCAGGUGGAGUCAGGUGACAGUAUACAGGUGUGUACCAGGACCAUCUCCAGCCAUGCUAAAGGACCGUCCAGCAGCAAACACUGACCGGGGCAGACUGCCCCACAGCUAGCCAGAUUGCUGCUGUGGUCAGUCCAAGAGAGAAGGACAAAGACACUGAGAUGGAGGAACCACCGGGAUCACAUUCCCUCUUCUGUUUCUUUAACUUAUUACCUUUCCAACUGUGUGUGUGUGUGUGUGUGUGUGUGUGUGUGUGUGUGUGUGUGUGUGUGUGUGUGUGUGUGUGUGUGUGUGUGUGUGUGUGUGUGUGUGUGUGUGUGUGUGCGUGUGUGUGUGUGUGCGUGUGUGUGCGUGUGUGUGCGCGCGUGCGCGUGCGUACAUUUUGGUGGGUGACACCUCCAAUUUCAAUUUUAUAAUUUGCCAUUUUUGUUGACUUUUAUAAUGUUAUGAUACUCAUAUAUCGUUGACACAUUUACAAUACCCUUAAUCAUCAAGGGACUUUACAAUACUAUUGAUACAUACUGUGGCUUGUGUUUCUAACUACCUAUUUGAGAAUGUAUAUUUGUGUGUACAGUAUACUCAUAUUUAGAAAAUAUAUCACGGACUCCAAGAAAGCUUACAUUCUUUCACAAACAUGCUGCACUUGCAUGUAUUCACGCACGCAUGCACAAACUCACACGUACACACACACACGUACACACACACAGAUACACACCCACUGGACAGUUUCACUCACACUCAGAAACUUGAACUGAGAAUGACAAGCGGUGGUAAUGUUUCUCUUUAACUUUGAACUGUUCCUCCUCUGUAACUGUCAGGCCAGGGUCAAAUGGCAUCAAAUAAUAAUAAUAAUCAUAAGAGCAAUGGUAGUAAUACUGUAAUAGUGAUACUGGUGAUAAUAAUCCGUUAGUCUCUGCUGGAGAUGAUGCAUACACACAAAGCAAUGAGCGUCGAUGACAUCGUGAAGAGUCACACGUUAUAUGGUACAUUCGCUGUGGUUCGUCUCAAGUGUAUGUGGGUGUGUUAUAUCUGUGUGAUUGCAUGUGCAUCAAACAUGGGCAAUACCCUUCAUUGGUGCUUCCAUGUAGGCCAUGAGGUACUGUUAUCUUGUUGUGCACUGUAUCUAGAUGGUAAAACACAAUGGCAAUAGGCUCAGUGGGAUUUUGAUCUCUUGGUUACUUCGACCCGUGACAAUCCUCUUCUCCUCCACGUCCUUUGAACCGUCACCGUCCAGUAAUGUACUGUAUAUCAGACGUCAUCACAAAUGUUUUUUAGACGAUUACGUCAUUGGCUGUUUGUCUCAGCUAUCACGUCAAUACAAUUACUAGGAGCACUUUUUUUGAUAUCGUGUGAUAUUGAUUUAACAAAUAGUUUUGUUUCAUUGGCUGGUACAAAGAUCUCUUUGUGUUCGAUUUACAUCUGGGUGUUGUUUUGUAUAAAAAUACCUGCUCAUAUUAGUCAUGUGUGAGCUAGGUAAUAUAGCAAUGACCAGUAACAUGGAGAAUAUGGGUUCCUGUUUUAUGGAUUGAUUUGAAAUCUACCACUAAUCUGAAUGGGCCUGUACUGUUCACAAGUAGAGGGGGAGGAGAGUUCUGAGUGAGAUAUCAUGGACACACACUGACGAUCAGGAGAGAUUAGUUUUCUUAAUCCACUCUGACACCCUUAGAAAGAAGUGUGUGUGCACUCACACACACACUAACACACACACAUGAGAAUACAUGAGAGACAGUCACAGGUAUUAUACUGUAGACACUUGGCCACACACAGUCCCUCUCCACCCCUGCCUCACCUGCUAGUCUAUCAUAGAGGGAGGAGGAGGAGGACAUGCUAAAAUGAAAAGAGUCUUGUAGAAGGCUUUGACAUAGUUCGCCAUAUGGCCAAGUCCAUGUUGUGUUACAGCUUUAAUUGUCCCACCAUCUCUAGUGGUGUUUGGUGUGGUAUAGAGCACUCGAGGCAACGACAGAGAAACACAGUGAUAGUGACGACUUGUGUCAUUAGCUUUUUCAGAAUGCACUUUUUUAAUCUACUUGCCCUACUGUACAUUCCAGCUUAUUAAAAAUGUCACUUUUUGAACCUGUGUUGUCCUUAAUCACAUGCCCUUGCCUGCAGAGACUAGAAAUAUCAGUGCCCUGCCUUGUCAACCAUAGUAUAGGCCAACAGACCCCAGUUUCCAACCCCAUUGAGACUUUUUAAGGAGAACUUCUACAAAUACUUGAAGUGAUUUCAUUGAACUUCAGUGUCAUUCCUGGUGGGGCAAGUGAUUCUGUGUUGUGGUAGUGAAGACGGUGAGGAAGGGUGGAGAGUAGAGUGGCGUCUUCAUGUGACUAAAGCAGCGUGAUAGAGGAGGGUAAAUACCUGAGAGCUCUGCUGAGAUAGAUCGCCCAGCUUGCUCUGCUCGGCCUUGCAUGGCUUUAUGGGAUACAGGAGGUAUUAGCAGCUGAAUCAUUAUUGUUGAUACUUUUCUUUCCCCCCCCUUUUUAGUUUGUGCCUUUGUGUCCCAGAAGUUUCUUCCUUUGCCUCCUGCCUGCGACAUCACAUAAACAUGAAAAUACUGUAUAUGUUUUGGACUACCUGCCUGCCUGUGUGGGUGGAGUUCCUGAAAGCUCUUUUUUUCUCCUUUGGGAACAAAAAGCAUUUCUCUAUGAAGGGAAAUCUUGGGAAAGAAGUGGUGAAAUUGCACAUUGAGCACUGUGGUGGUCGAAAUUAUUAACAUUUUAAUGGGGCCUACUAGCAUUUUAAUGUUACCAUUGGUUCUUGCUUGUAAAGUUAACUUCCAGAUGUUUAAUAAAAUGCAUUUACAAAUACACCAUUCAAAUCUGAAUUGGGGAAUGGCUUAAGAUGGAUCUGUUUGCUAUACUGGUCAUACUGCUAUACUAGUCAUAUUUCGAGAUACAUGUCAAUAUUUAAUCAUUUUGUAUCCUUUGUUAUAAACUGUCUCACUAGGCUGUAUAUAAAAGGGGAGGUGAAACGCCUUGUGUAAAAUUUAAUAGUGACGCUUGUACUAUGUUUGCGUACAUACAGGGUCACGCGUGUCUCCUUUGCGCCAUAAAAGAGAGGAUUCGUAUUAAAUAUAUAUGGAUAUAUACACAUACAGUAUAUUUUUUGGCCUUGUCAGUUUCUUAACUGCGUAGACGUACAGUAUAUGUUGGGAAAGGCGUUUUGGAACCAGACAUGCAACCCCCGCUGUACUCAACACUGAAUCUGGGUUUUACAGUACAAAAAAAAGCUUCUCUUGCGUUUCUAUUUUUUCUUUUUUUGUAUAAUGCUCUGAAAAUACAUCAUUUUUCACAAGUGGUUUCGGACAUAGAAGAACUGUUACCGGUCACUUUAUAAACUGAAACUUAGGAUAUAAUAGUAGAAUAGCUGUUGCAUUACCUAUUUGUUACGACCUGUAUGUAAUGUUAUUAUGGAAGAUGUAAUGUCCUUCUGUAAAUGUUGUUUAUUGUUGGUUUACCUGAAAUAAAUAAAGUUUAUUAAUGCUU